GCGGGUCCCGGCCGUUGGCUGAGCGGGACCUGUGAGCGGGUGGGUGGGCACCAGGCUCGCUCAGAGGCCAGGCCUGUCCGGGGCCAGCAGGAGAGAGAUCAGACAGGAGGCGAGAAGUUAAGAACCCCCACGCAAAAAUGGCUGACAAAGGCAAAAAGGGCAAGGCGGUCGCGGCACCUACACCCGGGCCCGCAGAUAAGCCGCCGCCCCCUCCUCCAGCUGCCGAACCGGAGGACAAGAAAGACCAAGAAGACAAGAAAAAGGCAAAGUCGGUGCAGCCCACGGAUGAAGUGGGCACCAGGAAGGGGUGUCGCCGCUACGGGUGGGAAUUAUUGAACAGCAAUAAAGAGUUCUGGAUGAUGGGGCACGCCGAGGUCAAGAUCCUGAGCUCGCAGGGCUGCCUAAUAGCCGCACUGGUACUGUUCACGGAGACCAGCGUGCACCCUCUCCUGACGCUCAUCAUCACUAUGGAGCUGUCCGUCUUCUGCUUCUUCUUCAUUGCCUACACCCUCGCCAUCAACAGAUACACGUCCUUCAUCCUGUGGCCCAUGUCUGACCUUCUCAAUGACUUGUUUGCCUUUAUGUUCCUUAUGGGAGCUGUGGUCCUAGCUGCAAAAAGUCGACAAACCAUGCCAGUGCCCUACUUAGCUGCUAUGAUCCUCAUUGGUAUAGCUGGAAUGUUUGCUUUAUUGGAUAUAUGUCUUCAAACAAAACAUUUCAAAGGCAAGACGAUUCAAAAGAAUGUGCUGGCUCCUCCUCCAAAACAGGAACAAAUGGAUGAAAAUCCAAAGGAAGCAGUAAAACCACCAGAAAAGGCACCAGAAAAAGCACCAGACAAAGCAGAAAAGCCAAAGGAAAAAGAAAAGGGAGGCAAGAAAUGACUCAAAGGAGACCCCUGUUGUCGAAAGCAGCAGUGCGUUUUACAACAAAACAUUUCCACUGUCUUUAUUGUCUUCUCUCUAGAAUGGUUUUCUUUUCCAUCCUAAUUACCAACUUUGCUUGGAAAAGAAAUUCCUCUUUAAAUGGAUUUUAAAGCUUAA